AUGUUUAGGAAUUUAAUUAAAAUAGGAGGCUGUUUGGGCUUAUUGAGUUCAUCAAAUAUUUUAUGCAAUUAAAUUAAGGGUAAAAAUUAGGACGACUAAUUACCUCAUUAUCAUUUUAUUAAUGAUCAUGAUUUACAAAAAUUAUAAAAGAAACAUACUAAUUUGCAAAUCAUAGAUAGAAGUUACACAGAACACAUUCUAUCAGUGAUUCGAGACGUUUAAACAGAUAUCGUGGUAUUAAUAACUAUUAUUCAAGGAUUUCAGAAAACAUGCAGAUCGUUUAAUUAGAAUUCUGAUUGAAUAAGCUAUUUCAUAAAUUGAAAAAUAGAAACAUGUUAAACAGUCUCCAUUAGGAUAUUAUGAUGCUCAUGAGUUGAUAUUUUAAGAUGAAGAGUAAUUUUAAUUAAUAAUUUCAGAAUAUGUUUUGUGAGUAUUUUAAGGUCAGGAAAUGCAUUUUUGAUUGAGGCAUUGAAGAUCAUGACAGGAGCAUCGAUUGGUUAAAUACUUAUUUAAAGAAACGAGGAAACAUCAUAACCUUCAUAUUUUUUCUAAAAAUUGCCUAAAAACAUUAAGGACUAAAAAGUCAUCCUGGUUGAUCCAAUGUUGGCCACAGGAGGUAGUGCUAGCAUGGCUUUGAAAAUUUUAAAAAAUCAUGGAGUCAAAGAAGAGAACAUCACUUUUUUAGCUUUAGUUAGUUGUGAAUAAGGAUUAAGCAAAUUGUUUAGUGAAUAUCCUAAAAUUAAGAUUAUUACAGCUUAAGUUGAUCCAAUCUUGUUGUAAGAUAUCAACUACUUAGCUCCAGGAAUUGGUGAUUUUGGAGAUAGAUAUUUUGGGACUGUUAAAAGCAAUUAAGGUUAAUAAUGAUUAUUACAUAAAACAGC